CAGAUCUCCGACUCCUCUUCAAUUCCUCGGCCCGAUCAUGGCUCUCCGCCACGACUGCGGGAAGCACGACUGCAAGUGGAAGAAGCUCUACCGUCCCCUCUUGUUCACCCUCCUCGGCUUUGUAAUCGCCGUGGUAUUCAUAAUCCUCGUCAUUUACCUAGCCCUGCGCCCUACCAAACCCAGCUUCUUCAUCCAAGACGCGACGGUCUACCAAUUCAACAUGACCUCCCCCAACUUCCUAACGUCCACUCUCCAAGUCUCUCUGUACUCCCGCAAUCCCAACUCCCGCGUCGGCAUCUACUACGAUAGUCUCGACAUGUACGCUUCCUACCACAACGAGCAGAUCACGUUAUCGACCGGCUUGCCGUCCGUCUACCAGGGUGAUAACGACGUUAGCAUCUGGUCCCCGCUUCUGUGUGGAGCGUCCAUUCCUAUCUCGCCAUACCUCGGCGUGGCAUUCGACCGUGACCACGCCGUCGGGCUCGCCGUUAUCACGGUGAAGGUAAAAGGCGUUUUGAAGUGGAAGGUCGGGACGUGGGUGUCCGGGCAAUACCAGCUGUACGUCAGCUGCCCGGCUUACCUGACGUGCGUUGGCAAGGAUGGAAGAGCGGGGCCCAUCUUCAGCCUGCAGCAGCCAGCAACGUGCAGCACUGACGUCUGACGGACCGACGGCUCCGUCUUAGCGCCGUUUCAUUAGGUUUUGUCGUUUUGACGGAAAAUGUGGAAAUGGUUGGAUUGUAAAUGUGUGUGGAAAUGAAUAAUUGCAAACACCUCCCCCCCUGGUUUCUGAUAAUUUCAGAUACCCCCCUGGUUCGGGCCGAACAACUUCUAGGAAAAGGGUAUUUUUGUCAUUUGGAGUAGAUUCCGACGAACUUCUAGGACAAGGGUAGCUUUGUCAUUUGGUGUAGAUUCCUCUGACGCACAGAAGCAGACGGGAGCUACUUGUAAUAAUUCAAACCAGAGGGGAGGUUUUUACAAUUAAUAAAAUAAAAAAACGUGUGUUUGUCUCUUUCAUGAGUAUAAUUGAGUAGAUUAGUCGGAUUCGAUUUUCUUAUGUCGUCUUCGGU